CGUGGUGGAGCGUCUUCCUGCUGUCUGUCAGAGCAGUCACCAUCAUGGCUCUCGUGUUCGUCCUGCUGUUUGCUGUCCUGCGGGGCGCCGGCGCCGUCAUCUCGCCACUACGUGCGCGCUCCUCCUUCCUCCUGAACUCGUCCAGCAGGCCUCUGGUCCAUUUCAGCCUCCCGGACCUCCGCAAUGUCACAGCGCUGUUGCUCAGCGACGACCACAACGUCCUGUAUGUGGGGGCCCGCGACACCGUGAUCUCAUUGAAUGUCACCCAGAGUGACCUCAUGACACUGAGGAUGAAGGUGCCGUGGCGUCCAUCUGACUCGGACGUUGACAUCUGCCAAAGCAAAGGAAGAAACGUCACGGUGGACUGUGCCAACUUUGUGCACAACUUGCAGCACUUCAACUCCACGCACGUGUACGCCUGCGGUAGCUUUGCCUUCAACCCUCGUGACGUCUUCAUCGAUGCCGACACUCUCGCCGUGAGCCCCCCCCAGACUGCCAAAGGUCGUUGUCCCUUCAGUCCCUUCCAGAGGAGCAGCGCCCUCACUAUUGACGGAGAGCUCUUCACCGCCACCACGGCCGACUUCAAAGGAACCACUCCUCAGAUUUCUCGCCACUUCAGUAAAGAUGGCCGCCCCGACGUCACCCAGGAGUCGUCUGCCAUCUUGCUGGAAGAGCCGACCUUUGUGAGCUCGGCUGCAGACAUCACCGAGAGGAAAGUCCUCUUCUUCUUCAGCGAGGUCGGGAAGGAGUUCAACUUUGUGGAGGAUCUGCAUGUGGCACGCGUGGCCCGAGUGUGUCAGGAUGACGUUGGUGGUGCGAGGGUCCUGCAGAGGAAGUGGACAUCGCUUGUCAAGACCACCCUGAUAUGUCAGCCCCCCUUCAAUGUCCUGCAGGAUGUGUUCACCCUACCGCCGCCAACGGGUGCUGAUCCUGCGGAUACGCUCUUCUACGCCAUCUUCACUUCACAGUGGUCUUGGCGGUCCGAGUCGGCAGUGUGUGCCUUCCAGCUGGCCUCGCUGAGGGCGGCGUUCACUGGUGGCUACAAAAGCUUCCACUCCAUGACGCAUCAGUGGAGCCCCCUGCUGGGAAAACACUCCUACCUGGGUCAGUGUGGUCUGGACGCUGCCCCAGAUACCAAGUUAGAGGAAGUCAAGCGGUCCUUCUUGACCCGCAGCAGCGUGACGCCGGUUCAGAACGGUCCACUGCUACUUUCGUCCCGGUGGCGUUACAGUCGUGUGGCAGCCAUGACUGUGAUGGGAGCUGACAGCCGGCGCUCCGACGUCCUCUUCCUCUUGACAGAAUCUGGACUUCUUCACAAAGUGGUUCUGUCCCAUCGGGGUCCCUGGGUCAUUGAGGAGAUUCAGGUCCUCGCCCAACCUCAGCGCGUCACAGCCUUCAUCCUCUCUGCCACUAAGGGUGUCCUCUAUGUGGGCUCGUGGCAGGCCGUCACUGCCGUGCCUGUUGUUCGAUGCUCUGUCUACACGUCGUGCAGCCAGUGUCUUCUGGCCCGAGAUCCUUUCUGUGGGUGGAGCCAAAGCAGGAAGUUAUGUGCACGCUUGGAGGCAACCAACCACCAACGCAUGGUUCAGGUUUUGGAGGACGGCGACGUGGAGGCGGAGUGUCACGGUGAAGGCAUCAGCCGCUCCGUCACAGAUGUGUUUGUGCGUUUCUACGACGUGGUGAAGCUUCCGUGUGAGAAGACUUCCAAUAUGGCCACAGUGACAUGGAGCACCUCAGAAUUCCGGGACCUUCCAACUCGAUUCUUCAUCCAAUCAGACGACGGCAGCUUGAACUUCUUGGCGAGUGCAGACACAAUAGGGACAUACCACUGCCAGGCGGAGGAAGGCGGCUACAAGGAAGUUGUAGCUAGCUAUGAUGUCAUUCAAAUGGCUCCGCCCCGCUCCAUCCGCCCUCGCCCCGAAGAGGAAGACAAGGUCACACAAAGCAAGGGCGACAGGCUGGAAGCUGCGAGCGCUACCCCGCCGUCUGGAAAAGAUGCUUCGCGGUGUGAGGAGAGGAGCUACGGCGGCAAGCUGCUAAGCAUUUCCCUCGUGUUGGCGAUCUGCACCUGCUUCCUGAUAGUGGCCGGGUUUCUAACUUGGUUUCGCAGGAAGUCCAGCACUUGGCAGAAACGGCCAGUGGGCGUCGAGGAAGACAAAACCAUAGCUGACUUCCUGUCUCCAGAAAGGCAUGAGGAUGGCAUUGCAGAGCAGAGGGUGGGGCUAAAAGGCCCCCUUGACUUAGGGACAACUGAAACUAACUUUUAAAGUCUUUGAUCUUAGCUUAACUUAUCUUGUAUUGGCAAGGUGAUUUGUCAGCACUGGCUGUUAAAGCAACUGUCAAUCACAUCGCUGUUAAUGUAAACAAAUCAACAGAUCAGCAAAUAAAUUAUUAAAUCUAUUCAAUUCAAUUAAAUAAUGUACAGUACAUACAGUGUAUAUACUACUUCCUGAUUUCUUUUUUUUUCAUAUUUGUCACACUUCAACAAAUUGAACAAAAACAAAUUGCAAUAUUAGUCAAUGACAAAACAAAUGAACACAACGUACAUAAUAAUAACUGUUUUUCUUUUGCCAUUCACAAGAACCCAAGUUGGUUUCAGCUUGAGGUUACAAACAUUCAUUCAUUUUCUACCGCUUUUUCCUCACGAGGGUCGCGGGGGUGCUGGAGCCUAUCCCAGCUGUCUUCGGGCGAGAGGCGGGGUACACCCUGGACUGGUUGCCAGCCAAUCACAGGGCACAUAUAGACAAACAACCAUUCACACUCACAUUCAUACCUAUGGACAGUCGCCAAUUAUCCUAGCAUGUUUUUGGAAAUGUUGGAGGAAACCGUAGAAAACCCACGCAUGCACGGGGAGAACAUGCAAACUCCACACAGAGAUGGCCGAGGGUGGAAGUGAACCCUGGUCUCCUAGCUGUGAGGUCUAGGACCUCACUAGGCCGCCAUGCCACCCAGGUCACAAACAGUUGGCUGGAUAUUCUCCUUCAGGAUUUUUUGAUAGACAGCAAAAUUCAUGGUUCCAUUUAUCACAACAAAUCUUCCAGGUCUUGAAGCAGCAAAACAACUCCUGACCAUCACACUACCACCACCUUAUUUUACUGUUGGUAUGAAAAUGUGGUGUUACUAUUUUUCCAAAUGUCUUGGUGAUCAUCAAGACAAAAUUGAGCCUAAAAGUUCUUUUUGUUCAGUUCAUUUGUUUUGCUUUUUGGUCUUGGACGUCUGCCAUGUAGGCCAUUUUUGCCCUGUGUCUUUCUGCUGGUGGAGUCACGAACACCGACCGUAACUGAGACAAGUGAGUCCUACAGUUUGGAUGUAGUUGUGGGGUCUUUUGUGACCUCUUGGAAGAAUCGGUGCUGCGCUAUUGGAGUAAUUUUAUAUUAUUGGGGAUUGGUUUUUUUUUCCCCUUAUUAAUAAAAACUAAUUUAAAAAUGGCAUUUUAUGUUCAGUUGGGUUGUCAUUGAUGAAUAUUUAGAUUUGUUUGAUGAUCUGAAGUGACAUACAAGUAAGUUAUUAAAGAAGAUUAAGUAUAUAAGAAGUAUAUUCUGUACAUACUAGUGUAUGAUUAAAUGAAGAAUGAUACAGUAUACACAUACUAAUGCAUUUCAGUGAAUAUUAGAAUAUCAUGUGUGUAAAAUGUAAAAGAGAAAUGCUCAUUAAGUUUAUUUUCUGAUUAUAGGUUGAAGCAGUAGUUUCCAAUCUGUUGACAAUUUUUCGUAUUUAAUGACAAAUUGAAUUUGUUUUUAUUAUCCAAACUAUUAUAAUAACA